AUGCGAGAUGAACACUACCGGGAGCACCUAGCAAUCGAAAUCCAAGAGAUCCCCGGCGUGGAGGAUCCGGAAAAGGAUGAAAUUCAACCGCUUCUCUUUGACCUAGUCAAGGCCGACAAAGUUGACGCUGUCAGGGCUCUUCAAAAGCAGUUUCUGGCUCUUCCUCGGGGGGAUGAAGAUGCGCUAAGAAAACAUGCGGCUUCCUUUGGAUCCACAGCAAUGAUUGACUUGAUCAUGUCAUUCCAGAAGACAAAUUACCUGGCCGAUUUCUUGAGAGCUGCGGUACAGGCUGGAAAUAACGACAUCUUCAAGCACUUACUGGCGCGAAGACAAGAUCAUGGUACUGUCAUGUACCCCAGUGAGUAUCCGUGGAUCUUGAUGGACAUACUGGCAUCCGACUCAGAGGAUCUUUUCGAAGCGUGGGAAAAUUAUGUUGAUAUCGAUAUGACGACUUGCGACGACCAUAUGCGAAAAAAAAGGCUUAAGUACUAUAGCGGGCAAAAGUUGAUUGGAGCUACCGCUGGACAUCCCGGCAGGGAAAACUGCCUGCUUUCUAUCUGGGAGAGGAUCGGGCUCCUGAAGUCCUCAAAUCGCACGUCUCUUGGUAGCGCUUUAGUAAACGUGGCGGCAACGACAUGUUCGGUCAAGCUCGCAAGACAUCUCGUCAGUUAUGGAGCAGAGGUGGACUACAGACUUAGUGACAGGUAUUUGACACCACUUCAUCAUGCUGCGCGGCAAGAUUCUGCGGCGGCCGCGGAAAUGAUGCAGUAUCUUCUCUUACAGGGAGCAGAUCCCGAGCUAGAUGCCGGACGCAGUGGUCUGGGAAUUCGAGAUGAGAAGGGUGCCAAGGCAAUUUCAAAGUGGCUGGGAAUGACUUGGGACGAGGUCGUUGCAAAAGCCAAAGAGGAAAGGAGUGAGAUAAAAGAGCAGAGCGUGCAAAGCUGGCAGCCAGGAUCAAGUACGUAG